CGUUGCACUGUGUUCGUCUCCUGUCGGUAAACAUGUGCUGCCUCAGGGCGAAAUGUCAAGUGAGGAUGUUUCUUCUGCAGCACGCCACCUUUUACCGACGCUGGUUGUUGAUUAACUUAAAAAAAACCAGCCAGUCAGACUUGCCUGAAAAGGACGGUUUACAUCGGUCUGUUUUUGUUUGUUUAAACCUCCGUGUCCCUUUUUUUUCUUUUCUGAACAGGAUGAAACCCAGGAAAGUCAAAGAGGACGAUGCUCCCCGGACGAUAGCUUGCCCUCAUAAAGGCUGCACAAAGAUGUUCAGGGAUAACUCAGCCAUGAGGAAGCAUCUCCACACCCACGGACCCCGCGUGCACGUCUGCGCCGAGUGCGGCAAGGCGUUUGUGGAGAGCUCCAAACUCAAACGUCACCAACUCGUUCACACGGGGGAGAAACCCUUCCAGUGCACCUUUGAAGGCUGCGGGAAAAGGUUUUCUCUGGACUUCAACCUGCGCACGCACGUGCGGAUCCACACUGGAGACCGACCCUACGUCUGCCCCUUCGACGGCUGCAAUAAGAAGUUUGCGCAGUCGACCAACUUAAAGUCUCACAUUCUCACACACGCCAAAGCCAAAAAUAACCAAUGAGAGCCCUUCCUCCAGCCACACAGACGGAAAAAAAGAGCAUCCCAGUGGCGCACCUGAAACCUCUUUUGAGGACGGAAUGAAAAGCUUCAGACUUUUUGAUUUAUACGGAAACAAUCCGACAGAUUAAAAGACUUAAAAACACUGAAAUUCACCUAGUUUUCCUGCGUCCCUUUUUUCUUCUGCUGUCAUAUUGGAUGAGGAACACAGCGACUAUUCCCCGAAGCCCCGGCCAACACGGUCCCUUUGUUUCUCCAGUGGCACUCGGCCGCCAGAAGAUGGAACUCAUGGACAAACAUCAGAGACUUAUUUUUACCAGAGCGAGCAGAGAAGCAGCAGUCUAUUAGUAUUUUUAUUUUCUCACAUAGCUCUUUAUUUUCCCCAAGUGUGCAUAUUGUACACUUGUCUCAGGCUAUGUUUAGCGAUCAUUUUGUUUUCCUCCUGCAUUAUGAGAUCGUACCUACGAUACAAGAAGGCCUCCAGCCCCGCGUGAACCGUUAUCACAUGUAUGAGAAGUUUAAAAAAACAGCUGUAUGUUUGCAUUUCCAUACCCUCUUUGGUUGUAUUUUUCUCUAACCACAAAAUAACCGUGUAUACUUGUAUUGUAUGGCUGUAUUGAAAUUACGUAGACAUAGAUAGAGGUGUGAUUUAAAGUGUUAACCAAUUAAACUUUUAGUCAUGAGUUGCUUUAUAUUUUCUAUGAACUGUCUUUACACAGGUGAAUGAGUAAUAUAAACGUACUCGGAGCGCGUCUCAGUUGAAGUAUCCGGAGCGUAGCGUUGAAUUGACUGCGAGACCAUCACUUUCUUUGUUAGAAUGUAAUGUACAGACGUCAACCAUUAACUUCCUUUGAUAUUUACACCCAUGUAUCUCAACUGCCCACAAUAAAAACGGCUCAUUCCAACCCUGUCGAAAUACA